AUGGAGGAAAGUGAAGAGAAACCGUUACAAAAUCUUAAUGCCUUAAACAUUGGUAUAGUACAAGAUAACAUCACUACCCUUGAUUUAAGUCACAGAAACAUUAAAAAUAUCUGUAAAAGUGUAAAAUUACCGACCAAUUUGGCAGAAUUAAAUAUUUCACAUAAUAAAUUGGAAAACAUUCCAGAAACAGUUAUGAAUUUGAAAAGUCUUGCACUAUUAGAUAUUUCAUAUAAUAAUAUUCAAUAUUUCGAUGACACUCCAAGCUUUUGCCAUAACAUAGAAAACUUAAAUAUAUCCAACAACAAACUUCGCGCACCUCCAGCGUGGAUUUGGUUUGAAUCUCCAGAGAAGUUGUCAAAAUUGGAUAUUAGCUGUAAUAUAGACAUAACAAACUGUUUCCAACAAGGGUACUUUGAAGAAAUAAUACAGUGUAAAACUUCUAUAAAGGAUAUUAAAAUAUAUAACUGUGGACUGCGAAAUUUCAAACAGUUUUUGGGAACAUUCCCCGAAGCCAAAUCCCUUGAAGCUGGUACAAAUGAAAUAAGCUACUUAAGUGCAAACUCCUUUACUGAUAUCCCUUGUGAAGGUCUUGUAAAUUGCUGUGAUAUAACAAGACUUAAUUUAAGCUUUACUUUAGUUUUUAAUAUCAAUCCUCAUAUAGAUAUCUACAAAAACCUUAUAGAAAUUAAUUUAUCACAAAAUGAAAUUAGCAGCUUACCGAAUGAAUUUUGUAACUUGGAAUGCUUAGAAGUAUGCAUCUUGUCAUUCAAUCGCAUUUUGUAUCUACCAGAGGAUAUAAUAAAAUUAAAGAAAUUAAUUACACUUUGUAUUGACAGUAAUGUACUUUGUGUAUUACCUGACAAUAUUUGGAGUUUACCUAAUCUUAAGAAAGUAGACCUUUAUGAUAAUCAUCUGUAUGAUGUACCUGUUGAUAUAAAACAAAUACAAGAAAUUGAUAUGGCACAAAACUAUUUAGAAGAACCUGUUGAUGAAAACUACUUAACUAAAAAAGAGAGAUUGAGACAUAAUAUUGUUGGGAGACUUAAUGGCAGAAAAUAUGAAAACAAUAAACCUGAGAGUUCACAUUCUUCAAGGACAUCUGACGAUGAAAGUUAUGAUGAAUUACAUUUUGACAGUUAUACUAAAAAUGACAAUAGUGCUAAUGGUGACCGACCAAGUUCUCCUGAAGAUUGGGAUUCGGAUGACUAUUGGGUACCACAUUAUUUCAAAACCGUCACUCCACCUCAAUCACCUUGGCUUUAUUUUGUAAAGCGUAAAAUGGAGGAAGGAAAUUUUUGUCCUAUGGACAUGCAUAUGGUCUCAAUUGCCGAAAAAGUAAAGUAUGAAAAAUUGUGUAACCCACAGAUUCAAUACGAGUCUGAUGGUCAGUUUGAUGAUUAUUCAGAUGAUGACAGCUGA